AGGGGGAGGAGCGACCGCUACAAUGGAUCCCCGGGCGGGCUUUGUGCUCGCCUGGAAUCCAGCGGUUGCCGCCCCGCCGAGCCCCCAGUCCCCACAGGGCGCGCGUUUUCGGGCCGCCCACCACCCGGAUCGCAGCCGCAGCCGCAGCCGCAGCCGCUGCCCCUGCCCCUGCAGAGCCCAGAGCCGCUCCUUCCCGCUCCGUGGCGGACCGGCCCUGGUCACUUCCCAAAAUGCCGGUCGAUUUCACCGGGUACUGGAAGAUGCUGGCCAACGAGAAUUUCGAGGAGUACCUUCGAGCGCUCGAUGUCAACGUGGCCUUGCGCAAAAUCGCCAACUUGCUGAAACCGGACAAAGAGAUUCUGCAGGACGGCGACCAUAUGAUCAUCCGCACGCUGAGCACUUUCAGGAACUACAUCAUGGACUUCCAGGUCGGGAAGGAGUUCGAGGAGGACCUGACGGGCAUAGAUGACCGCAAGUGCAUGACCACAGUGAGCUGGGACGGGGACAAGCUCCAGUGUGUGCAGAAGGGCGAGAAGGAGGGACGCGGCUGGACCCAAUGGAUUGAGGGUGAUGAGCUGCACCUGGAGAUGAGAGUGCAGGGUGUUGUCUGCAAGCAAGUAUUCAAGAAGGUACACUGAGGCCCAGGCAGACUGCUGGUCUCCAGGAAUGAGUGUUGUGGGUAUGUGGGCCAGGAUUCCCCACUCUUUGCAUAGCAUGAGGCAGAGAUGUUCAGCCACCCCCAGGCAUCUGUUAGUAGAGUCUGCCUUCUGGCUUUGUUUCUUUUCCUUUGCUUAAAACAAAGCCCCGUCAAUAAAGUGAUCUGUGUUCAA